CUCAGCCGGGCCGUACCUCCGCCGUCCUCGGAUCCACAGCCGCCGGAACAUUUAUGAGUUUCAAGUGGUUUUAAUGUUCGCCGAAGCGAGCGGAACCUGCCAUCAUGGGAUUGCCGUUACCAGCCAAUGUGCUGAAGUGAGCUGGAUUUUCCCUCUGGUUUAACCCCCACCCCUCCCCCAGGGGCUACUCCCCCCUCCAUCCCACCGGAGGACCAGCAAUCAUGGCAGGAAUCAAGCGUGGGUACGAUGGAAAGAUCGCUGGUCUAUAUGACCUGGACAAGACGCUCGGCCGUGGCCAUUUCGCCGUGGUCAAACUAGCGCGUCACGUCUUCACCGGCGAAAAAGUGGCAGUCAAGGUAAUUGACAAGAUCAAGCUCGACACGGUCGCGACCGGUCACCUGUUCCAGGAGGUCCGCUGUAUGAAACUGGUCCAGCAUCCCAACAUCGUUCGGCUCUACGAGGUCAUCGACACGCAGACAAAGCUCUAUCUGAUCUUGGAGCUUGGCGAUGGUGGUGACAUGUUUGAUUACAUCAUGAAGCACGAGGAGGGACUGACCGAGGAGCUGGCCAAGAAAUAUUUCGCCCAGAUCGUGCACGCCAUCUCGUACUGUCACCGGUUGCAUGUGGUUCACCGUGACCUGAAGCCGGAGAAUGUGGUGUUCUUUGAGAAACAGGGCCUGGUCAAGCUCACCGACUUUGGCUUCAGUAAUAAGUUUCAGCCGGGAAAGAAGCUGACCACCAGCUGUGGCUCGCUGGCUUAUUCUGCCCCUGAGAUCCUGCUGGGAGAUGAGUAUGAUGCACCUGCUGUGGAUAUCUGGAGUCUAGGGGUCAUCCUCUUCAUGCUGGUGUGUGGUCAGCCCCCUUUCCAGGAGGCCAACGACAGCGAGACCCUCACUAUGAUCAUGGACUGCAAAUACACUGUACCUGCCCAUGUCUCCAACGCCUGCAAAGACCUGAUAAACCGAAUGCUACAAAGGGAUCCAAAGAGGCGAGCAUCGCUAGAGGAGAUCGAGAGCCACGCGUGGCUUCAAGGAGUGGACCCAUCUCCAGCCACCAAAUUCAACACCCCACUGGUGUCUCACAAGAAUCUGUCAGAAGAGGAACACAACAGCAUCAUCCAACGCAUGGUGCUGGGAGAAAUAGCCGACAGAGAAGCCAUCAUCGAAGCCCUGGAGACAAACAAGUACAACCACAUCACUGCUACUUACUUCCUGUUGGCUGAACGGAUCCUGAGGGAAAAGCAGGAGAAGGAGGUGCAACCUCGUUCUUCCAGCCCCAGUAACAUCAAGGCCCACUUCAGGCAGUCAUGGCCGACCAAAAUCGGCAUGCAUCAGGACAUCGAGGACAGCUUAGCCUCUUCGUCCAUCUCUCAUGCUGGAGGUCCACAGUCUCCUGCUCGCAGUACAGAGAAUCUGCUAAACGGUCAUCGCAAUAAAGGGCUUCUGGAAAUGAGUCGUAGAGAGGAGAUCAGCGAAGCCUCCAGCAGCUCUGCUGCACUUGCAGCUCUGCCCCCAAACCCCCUUAAGCCUGGGGUCAUUGGCCCUCUUGCAUCCACUUCAGCCAAGCAACGAACCUGCCUGUUUCGGGUGGAAGAAGAUGAGGAAGAAGAAGAAGAACCGGAGCCUUCACCCUUGCCCUCCCAGGUGGUCUUGCGCCGCAAGCCAUUGUCCAUCACCAACCGUCUUACGUCUCGAAAAAGCGCCCCAGUGCUCAAUCAGAUCUUCGAGGAGGAAGGUGAAUCAGAUGAUGACUUUGACAUGGAUGAGAGUCUUCCACCCAAGCUCAGCCGGUUGAAAAUGAACAUGGCAUCUCCUGGUACGGCUCAGAAACGCUACCACCGGCGCAAAAGUCAGGGCCGCGGUUCAAGCUGCUCUAGCUCCGAGACCAGCGAUGAUGAUUCGGAGAGCCAUCGCAGAAGACUAGACAAAGACACAGGGUUCACCUACAGCUGGAACCGCAGGGACAGUAGUGAGGGUCCACCUGGAGACUCUGGGGGCAAUGGGGGUGGAAGUAGCGGAGGACAGAGCAAACCACCUGGGGAAGGUAACUCAGGACCAGACAAGGGCAGCCCUCCAGGAGGAGGGAAUGGUGGUAGUACAGGAGGGGGCAGUGGAGGUGGUGGGAGUUCAAAAGGACAGGGAGGCCCUUCCAGCUGUUCCCGUAACAAUGCUUCAUCUGGCUCGACACGUAGUGCAGCUCGGAGUGCGGGGGAAUUGGUAGAGAGUCUGAAACUCAUGAGUCUAUGCUUGAGUUCUCAGUUUCAGCAUCGCAGCUCUGGAGGAGGUGGUGGUGGACGAUUUAUCCUUGAUCCUCAGAGCCUGUCCAGCGUUAAAGUUCAGGAGAAAUCCUCCUGGAAGAUGUGCAUUGGCUCCAACAACAGUCUAGACAAAGUGAUCAACCCCGCCUUGAAUGGUAGCGUUGGGGCAAUGGAGCAUUAUCAAGACCAAACGGCGGUCAUGUUAAAUGAACUUGGCCUGGUCAAGGAGAACAACCUGAACUUGAAAAAUAAUGUUCUCCAGCUACCUCUGUGUGAAAAGACCAUCUCCGUGAAUAUCCAGCGAAGCCCCAGGGAUGGGCUACUCUGUGCCUCAGCCCAGGCCAGCUGCUGUCAGGUCAUAUGAUGGCACGGCACACGGCUGGUUCUCAGAGUGGAUUGUUCCUAUUGCCACAUUUGUAGCAUACGAUGACUUGAGUUCUCCACCAGUAGCUGUAAAUUACCUCUCUUUAUCCCAACUUGACCUUUAAACCUGCCUUCAAUGUUGUCUUAAUCAUUCUCACAACUUAUUAAGUUCUUCUCUUGGACCCAUUGGUUUUUAAUGAAGUGCACGCUGCUAUCCUUUUCUUUUUUGUGUCUUUAUUUGUUUUGCCCAAUUAGACUUUAAUACAAUUUAAUAUUUGUUUUCCAAGUCCUGUUAAUUUAGCUUUUUUUAGCCCUUGAAAUGAAGCGCUCUUAAUAUGAAUUCCAACACCACCCAAUCAGUGAAGAGUUGUGGAAACUGUAUGUAUAAAUAAAUGACCUUUAAUAAAGAGAGAUUUAAAUUAAGACCAACAGUAUGGUAGAACAGAACAUGGCAAUUCAUAAAACAAGCACUUAAAGAAACUCAACCUAUAAAAACCACAACUGGUUUUGUAAAUUUAAGCCCCAAUAUGAUUGUAAUGAGAUGGUAAUACAGUAAAAGCAAUAGUGGGAGUAAAGAACAAACCCUGUUUUUUUUCUUUUUCUUUUUCUUUUUCCUUUUUCUUAAUUCAUAGUGCUGUCUGAUGAGUCUUAAACUGAAAGACCAUUUUGCAUACUUUUUUUUUUUUGCACAUUUUUUAGGUGCUAUUGACUGUUUCCUUGUCACCAUUUAGAAAUGUUCAGUAUAUAUAAACUUUUGAGGUUAGUGACAAUCAGUUGCAAUAACAAGGGACAUUUUUAAUGGAUAAUUUCCAAAAGGGGGCUACAGAUAACCCAGAGUUUAAAAAAAAAAGUUUUAUUUGAGUAACAUUAAAACACAUUCACCAUGUUCUUGAUUCACGUCACACCACUUUUUUUUUUUCCAUUUUGAAUAUAAGUGCAAUUUAUACACAAUUCCAUCUGCGAAAUGCCCUCUUAAGUUAAUGUUUUGUCAAAUUUGCAACCCAGACAGCACUGUGGAGACACCCACACAUAAAUGUGUUCAUCCUAGUUUUUAUCAAAUUAAAAUUGCACUACAGUAUAAGUAGAGUCUACAAUUAGGGUAGUUUGAACACCAUACAGGUGGGAUAAUUAGCCUUUCUGCCAGAGCAAAAUCAAACUCACAGACAGUAUUCAGCUUGUAUAGUACUGAACAUUUUAAUGAGAACCGUUGAGUCAUUAAGGACUCUUCUUUGGCUUAUUAAAUAAUUUUCGGUUCCAGACCAUAAUCUCUAUCUCACUCCUGUUGUUCUUGUACCAUUCAGCUUUGAGUUACUGUAUAUACCAGUCUCAGAUUCGACUGGCCUUAGGGGAUGUUUAUAAGUAUGUACAUAUUUUUUUAAAAGUUUAUUUUUUUGAAAGAACUGCUGUUUUAAAAUGCUGUUUUGGAUGUGAGCCUUGAACUGGCUUAUAGUUGGGAUAUAAUGGGGCUUUUUUUGUCACCUGGCCACCUGAUAACAGAUAAAUAAAUAGAUGGGAUGUCUUUUAUUCAGUGGAUGGCCACUCUUUCAGGAAAUAUGGCUUCAAGAGUUGGCCAUUGGGUGACCAUCGACUGGUAUAGAAAUAAGUCAAAGCUCUACAGGGCUGUGAGUGUGAAAGAGAAUCGGUUGUGAGAUUUAAAGGGCAUUUGCAAUAAGCUAAGCUAUAAGUUGCAGCUAUGUGUAAAUAUGAUUUUGUUUUGUUUUUAUAUUUCAAACCUGUACAUCCUUCAAAUGGCUCACUUGACCCAAAUUAUCUUUAAGUAUUUCUGUUUGUUUUGUCUUUUUGUUUUAAAAGUAAAGUCUGUAAAUAUUGGUGUAAAUAUGGUGCUCUACACUUAGAAAUGCAGUGUUGGACUUCUUGCUCAUAGCUGUAAUAUAGCCUUAUUAGAUAUGAGUGUUGAAAACAGAGCAAGAGAGGUUGAAAAGAAAACCGUGCUAUAUGCAUAAUGUCAGUCUCUGACUUUGUCCUACCCUAAUGUAAACGGCUAAAAUGACAUGUGCAUGUGUUGUGCGUUUGACAUUAUUGGUCCACGUUCAUUCAGAGGAAAAGAACCACCACAAAAUGUUACAGGACCAAACCAUGUGCUGACGUAAAAAAAAAAA